CGUCUCGUUCCCUUGACCAAUGGCCAAUCUUAGAAAACGGGUCUCACCUAAAACCCUGAAACUUUGUGCCUCUCUUCUCUCCGCCGCGUUUCAAAGCUGAUCUCUCUUCGCCGCCUCACCGAUCAAAGGAAUUCAUAAUACUUAGUUUGGAACAUUAAUUACUUAUAGGGGAAUUGGACGAGGAUUCUCGAUAUCUCCUGCAGUUGAAACACCGAAAUGCUUGAAGCUGUUUACAGGAACAGCUCAAUCGAGUGGAAACCAUCUCCAGUUGUAGCCUUAGCCACCAGUGCAGACGACUCACAGGUCGCUGCCGCUCGUGAGGAUGGUUCACUUGAGAUUUGGCUGGUCUCUCCUGGCUCCGUUGGUUGGCACUGCCAACUGAGUAUUCAUGGAAAGCCUGAUUCAAGAGUUUCCUCGCUUGUGUGGUGUCGAGUAGGCACGGAAGAAUUGCCUUGUGGCAGAUUGUUCUCAUCUAGUAUUGAUGGUUCAGUUUCAGAGUGGGAUCUCUUUCACUUGAAGCAGAAGACUGUCCUAGAGUCCAUUGGAGUCUCAAUUUGGCAGAUGGCUGUGGCACCCUCUAGCAAUCCACCUUGUGAAAAGGAUAUUGAGGCCAAGCAUCUUGGAAAUGGAUUUAGUGAUAAGAAGAAUGAUACUGAUGAUCAGCAAUCCAGUGAGAGUGGUGAUGAUUCUGACUCGGAUGAACUUCAUGAGCAAUUUGCUAUUGAGGAUCCACAUGUAGCGAUUGCUUGUGAUGAUGGCUGUGUGCGGAUAUACACUAUUCCUGACUCAGAUGAGUUAAUAUACAAUAAGACGUUGCCUAGGGUCAGCGGACGUGUUUUAAGUGUGACAUGGAGUUCUGAUGCAAGUAAGAUAUAUUCAGGGAGUAGUGAUGGAUUUGUUAGGUGUUGGGAUGCUAAAAUGGGUCAUGAGAUAUACAGGAUUACAGUUGGGCUUGGUGGCUUGGGUAGUGGACCUGAACUUUGUGUGUGGUCUUUACUUGCUCUCAGAUGUGGGACCCUUGUUAGUGCAGACAGUACUGGUAGUGUUCAGUUUUGGGACUCUCUGCAUGGGACUCUAUUACAGGUGCAUUCUUCUCAUAAGGGUGAUGUGAAUGCGCUGGCAGCUGCACCUAGUCAUAACAGGGUGUUCUCCGCUGGAUCUGAUGGCCAGGUCAUUCUUUAUAAGCUUUCUAGUGAGACAGUUGGAUCUAGUGAUGAUGUGUCUGCUAAAAUGAUGAAGAAAUGGGUUUAUGUUGGUUAUGUAAGAGCUCAUACACAUGAUGUUAGGGCGUUGACAGUGGCAGUACCAAUCAGUCGGGAAGAUGCAUUGCCUGAUGAAGGGGUGAAAAGAAUUCGCAGUAGGAAGAGGCCAAUUGAAUUUAGUUACCGUAAGUGGGCUCAUCUGGGUGUUCCCAUGCUUAUCUCUGCUGGUGAUGACACAAAGCUCUUUGCCUAUUCUGCCAAGGAAUUCACCAAGUUCUCUCCUCAUGAUAUCUGUCCUGCACCACAGAGAGUACCAAUUCAGUUGGUUCUUAAUACUGUAUUCAACCAGAAUUCUUUGCUUCUAAUUCAGGGUUCUUAUUGGUUAGAUAUUCUCUGUGUUCGCAUGAAAGGUGGAGCCAUGCCAGAUACUUGUCCUGGUCCUUCGAGAGGCCAGGCAAAUACAGAUUUACUAGCUCGAAUUAAAACCAAAGCAUCUCGGAAGAUCAUAUGCAGUGCCAUUUCUAAUUCAGGGAAGCUAUUUGCUUAUUCAGAUCAUGUUAAACCCAAUCUAUUUGAGUUGAAGAAACACGGUGGCAAAACUACAUGGACUGUUAAUAAAAAGCAACUCCCACAGAACUUACCAUAUGCACAUUCCAUGGUUUUUAGUUCUGAUUCUUCACGGUUGAUGAUUGCAGGGCACGAUAGAAGAAUCUAUGUUGUGGAUGUGAGCAGCUUACAACUAGUGCAUUCUUUCACGCCUCGGCGUGAGGACUAUGAUGAGGAAUUACCUCCAACUGAACCUCCUAUAACUAAAAUGUUUACCAGUGGUGAUGGGCAGUGGUUAGCUGCCAUCAAUUGCUUUGGAGAUCUCUAUAUAUUUAAUCUGGAAACGCAAAGGCAGCAUUGGUUUAUAUCAAGAUUGGAUGGUGCCUCUGUUACAGCUGGUGGUUUUCCUCCUCAAAAUAACAAUGUGCUUGUAAUCACAACGUCUUCAAACCAGGUCUAUGCAUUUGAUGUGGAGGCAAAACAGUUAGGAGAAUGGUCUAUUCGGCACACAUAUGUUCUGCCAAAGAGAUACCAAGAAUUUCCUGGGGAGGUUAUUGGGAUGUCAUUCUUACCUUUGUCAAGUCCGCCAUCUGUUAUUGUUUAUAGUGCCAGGGCUAUGUGCAUGAUUAACUUUGGGAUGCCAGUGGAUGGAGAAGAGGACAAUGAUUUAGUAAAUGGUUCAUUUUCUCCAAUGAAGAAGUUACGGAACAGUCUUAUUAAUGGGAGACUGAAACGUAAGUUGAAAGAGUGUCAAACAGAGGCUAAACAUCAAAAAAAUUUUGAAUUUCUUGCUUUCAGAGAUCCUGUUUUGUUUAUUGGAAACCUUUCUGAAAAUUCUAUCUUGAUCAUAGACAAACCAUGGAUGGAUGUGGUUAAAACUUUCGAUGCCCCUCCUGUACACAGACAUAUAUUUGGCACAUAACUGCUCUACCAAUGCUUGUUUAUGGCAUUAGACAGAGAUUGCAAAUGUGGCAAGUGAUCCCACAAUUUUGACAAUACAUUAAAGAUUUUUUUGAUACGAGAUGGGGUUGAAGAGUUUGAGUGAGGGGAUCAAAAGAAUGUUGUCAAUUGUAUUCCUAAAAUAAUCGCUGACCUGUUAAAGUAGUUUUUGUUUUUUUAGUCUUGCCAGAGUUUCUUCUUCACCUUGUUCAAAUUCAUGUCUUUGAUCUGUAAGUGGAUAGAUUCAGUCAAGUAGUAAAAUCUUUGUUCUCCUCCU